AAGUGUCUUUUGGCGCUCUUUUGAGUGAGUGAGAACUCCGAGAGACACGCUGGCUGUGUCAAAUCGGCAGCAGUCUGUCAAUAAUGCAGGUACCUAUGUUUGGAGCUCUGUAUCUGGCUUGUCUGGUCCUCGUCACUACUGGGCGGCAGGUCUUGGCUUUCUCAAGUGAAGAUGUAAAAAGACAUUACGUAGAAGUGAAAGAUAACAUAAUCAACCAGUUUACAAAAGAUCAAGAAGUCGUCUUGCCUGUUGAAGUGGAUGAAUUUGGAAAUCCCUUGUCACAGUCUCUAAAUAAACAUCGCCGACAGAAAAGAGACAUAAAUGCAUCAACUGUUAAACAUUUCGUUCUUAAAGCUUUCGGAGAACAUUUUCAUAUGGAACUGGAACCUGAAACUAAUUUGUUAGCUCCAGGAUUCAAAAUCUACCAUUUAGGAGGCCAGGUACAAAGGAAUCAUUCCCAAAAAAUUCAGAAGCCUCUUGAGAAUUGUUUGGUUAGAGGUAAACUCCGGAGACAUGCAAAUUCUGCUGUAGCUCUUAAUUUGUGCAGAGGAAUGACUGGUUUAAUAAAAACAGAUACCACCGAUUUUUUAAUUGAACCUGUGGAUACCAACGAUGGUAUAACAAAGCCACAUAUCAUAAGAAAGAGAUCUAUCAGACGUUCACAUAAAGCGGCUAUGAAAAAUGAAAGUUCUGAAAAUGAUAACCAAACAUAUUUUUGCGGACGGAGGAGACGAUAUAUGCCACACAAACCUCGUAGGAAAGACUUCUGGUUACCAGAUGAAUUUGCUGCAGUCAACAACACCCGCAACAAGACUAAAAGUCAUCGUAUAAGAAGAUGGUCUGGAAAUGAAUUUUCCAGCUUUCAAGAUAAUGUCCAAGGACAAAAGCGGAACCAUCCACAAAGAAGGAACAGAAGAAGCGUGGAAACCCUUGUAGUCGCUGAUAGAGAGAUGGUCCGGAAGCAUGGAACUGAGAAUGUUACCACAUACCUUCUGACAGUAUUUAAUAUGGUAGCAAUGCUUUACCAGGACUCAACAAUAGGUAGCAAUGUUAGCGUCAUUCUGGUUGGACUUGUUUUACUUGAAGGCGAUGAGCCAGGUUUAACAAUCUCUCACAACGCUGAAAGGUCCCUUAGCAGUUUUUGCCAAUGGCAGUCUACCAUUCAUACCAGUAAAGGUAGGCAGCACGAUCAUGCUGUCCUCGUCACUGGACUCGACAUCUGUUCUUGGAAAGAUGAGCCGUGCGAUACUUUAGGAUAUGCUCCAAUUAGCGGUAUGUGCAGUAAAUACAGAAGCUGCACGGUCAAUGAAGAUUCUGGAUUAGCUCUAGCGUUUACUGUUGCUCACGAAAUUGGACAUAACUUCGGGAUGGUGCACGAUGGCCAAGGGUCCUCUCCAUGCCGUAAGAAACGAGGAACCAUUAUGUCAGCCUCCUUGUCCGGACUGGAUACCAGCUUCCUGUGGUCCGAGUGCAGUCGACGAGAUCUGGCCAAGUUCCUGGAGUCCCCUAGAGCACUAUGCCUUAAAAAUGAGCCAAACUCUCCUGAUGAACUGCAAUUUCCCAACCAUUUGCCUGGUCAACUUUAUGAUGCAGAUAUGCAAUGUAGAUUGCAAUUUGGUACGAAAUCUAGCCUUUGCGAGCACUAUCCUAGAAAAAGUGAAGUUUGUCGCGCCUUGUGGUGUCAAAGGAACGGGAGAGAAUGUGAAACAAAAUUUUUACCUGCUGCUGAAGGGACACCGUGUGGUAAAAAUAAAUGGUGUCGAAGGGGUUUAUGUGUGGAUAAAGAGCUAGACGCUGUGAAGGCCAUCGAUGGAGGCUGGAGUCCUUUUUCUCCUUGGUCGAAAUGCUCUCGGCAUUGCGGCGGCGGUCUUAUGAUUCGAGAAAGAUUCUGUGACUCACCUCCACCAAGUAAUGGAGGGAAUUAUUGUAAAGGUGAAGAAAAAGAGUAUCAAAUCUGUGGAACUAAGAGUUGCGAUGUUGAUAGUCCCGAGUACCAGACUGAUCAAUGUGCUACUUUUAAUAAACGCACAGUGAAAGGAAAAUUUUAUCACUGGAGACCGUAUGGUAAAGACCUGGGAGCUUUAUCAAGAUGUCGUAUUUAUUGCGUUCCUGAUAAAGAAGAUCUGUACCUUGUAUUGUCGACUAAACUUCAAGAUGGCAGUUCUUGUAACGGAAACUUUUCAAGUGUCUGCAUUGACGGUGAAUGUCGGGCCGUAGGUUGUGAUGGCAAAAUAGAAUCUACCGUUACUCCUGACUACUGUGGUGUGUGCAACGGAGACAAUUCUACGUGUGAAACAAUAAGUGGAAAUUACCAUGCUGUAAACCUCAGCGCAGGUUACCAUGAAGUCAUUCGGAUACCUCCACACUCCAGACAUUUAAAUAUCUCAGAAACUCGAGAUUUUCCAACGUAUUUAGCUUUACGUGAGAGCACAGGUCAGUAUCGUUUAAACGGAAAUUGGAUACUUCAUUGGCCUGGAAGGUAUAAUGCUGCUGGAACAACUCUCAGUUACAGAAGAUGGCCUGGGAAGCCAGAAAGUUUAUUAACAAAAGGACCAACAAUGAAAGAACUGAUUGUUGAGAUAUUAGUACGUGAAAAUGAAGAAGCAUUUAUAAAUUAUGAAUUUGUUGUAUCGAAAGUCCAUGGACAUUGGAAAACACAGAAUUCGUCAUGUUCAACAACAUGUAGCAACGGAACAUUUAUUUCAUAUCCAGUUUGUGUGAAUUCUACAAAUCAUUUAGUAGAUACUGCUUAUUGUACUUUGUCUUCUAAACCUGUUACAAGAACAUACUCCUGCUCAAACACAGUUUCUUGCAUGGCCAGGUGGUAUAUUGGUGAAUGGACAUCUUGUAAUCUUAACACCUGUGAGGAAGAAUGGCAACAGAGAGAAGUAUAUUGCAUUGUAGGAGAAAAGAAAACUGAAAAAUUCCAUUGCUCCAUCCAAAAUCAACCAGAAGAUAUGCGGAAAUGCAUCAAAUUUAAUUGCCUGUAUUCCUGGUUUACAGGCCCAUGGACAAAAUGUCAUGGCGUUUGCUCAAGAGGAUUUCAGACACGAUCAGUAACAUGUCGUCGGAGUGAAAAUGGUACAGCUGAAAGUUUUUCCAAUUGCAACAAAGACCAACAGCCACCACAUACGCGCAAAUGUAGAAAUGAAAAAAAUUGCUAUGCUCACCUACGAAUUUAUGAUGGUGUGUGGACUACAAGCUCAUGGAGUAAGUGUGAUGGAAGCUGUGGUAAUCAAGAGCAAAUACGUGAUGUCACCUGCGUAAGUAAAUUGAAUGGCAAACAGAACAGCCCACAAUGUGAUCUUGAUACAAAACCACCAUCAAGACAAUUUUGCAUAAAAAACUGCCCAGAUUCCAAAUACCUUGAUUGUGAAGAUCACUAUGAGUGGUGCCCUGUUUCAACAAAUGAAAGACUGUGUGGUCUUAAAUUUUACAUCACAAAUUGUUGUAAGUCAUGUAGGAAAAAAUUAUGAAACAAUAUGUAACACUGAAAAUAUGAUUUGUAUAGUUAUGCUGUAUUUAUAUUUGACCAUAAAUCAUGGAUCACUGCUUUUAAACAGCCACAUUCAUUCAA